CUCGCAUUUAUAUUAUUUAAGUCCAAGAUGAAUGUGCGUUUAUUUAUGUUUGCGUUGAUUUUGUGUCUUAUAUUUUUAUUAACCGGACCACGUGACACUUAUGGAUAUUUGUGGCCAAAACAAAAUACAUACAUGACCCGAUGGGACAAAGUUAAUCUCAAUGAAAUUUUAGACAGCAAACGACUUUUGCAAUAUUAUUUCAAUUGUCUCAUGUCCAAGGGACCGUGUCCCCCCGAUGGCAUGGAAUUGAAACGAGCUUUGCCAGAAGCUUUGGCCAAUGCUUGCGCUAAAUGUACCAAAAGUCAAAUUGAAGGAUCCGUAAAAGUAAUAAGAUAUCUCAGGGAAUUCGAACCGAAUAAAUUUGAAAUACUCGCUAAUAAAUACGAUCCAAAGGGGAUUUAUCGACAAAAAUACUUUGAACCACCGCCUGACAAUAAUGCAGCUUAAAAAUUGUUUCAUUUUCAUUUAACAAAUACAAUACAAUUUUUAAGAAUUUAUUUAUAAUAAUAUAGAUAAUAGAAUAAUUUAAAAAUAUAAAAAUAUAAUUAUAUAUUUUUUUAUAUAUAAUUAAUAAUUUAUUUUUAUAUAUAUAAGAAUAUAUUUUAUAUAUAAGUAGAAUAUAAGUCUAUCUUUAUAUUCAACUGUAGCCGUAGUCGUUAAGUCAUUGAGUGUAAUUUUUGAGUCAGGGUUUCGAUUCUCCCCGCAGAUGAUUUUAUUUCAAUUUUGAAAAAUUGGGAAUUUAAAAGCCGAAUUAUAUUAAUAUUAUUGGAAAUUAUUAAAAAUUAGUAAUUAAUAAUAUUUUCUACUCGAAACAAUUGUUUACAUCACUUUUUACUCAAAACAAUUGUUCAUAUCAGUUUCUACUCAAAAGUUUUCUACUCGAAAAAAAUUGUUUAAAUUACUUUCUACUCAAAACAAUUGUUCAUAUCAGUUUCUACUAAAAAGUUUUCUACUCGAAAAAAAUUGUUUAAAUUACUUUCUACUCAAAACAAUUGUUCAUAUCAGUUUCUACUAAAAAGUUUUCUACUCGAAAAAAAUUGUUUAAAUUACUUUCUACUCAAAACAAUUGUUCAUAUCAGUUUCUACUAAAAAGUUUUCUACUCGAAAAAAAUUGUUUAAAUUACUUUCUACUCAAAACAAUUGUUCAUAUCAGUUUCUACUAAAAAGUUUUCUACUCGAAAAAAAUUGUUUAAAUUACUUUCUACUCAAAACAAUUGUUCAUAUCAGUUUCUACUCAAAAGUUUUCUACUCGAAAAAAAUUGUUUAAAUUACUUUCUACUCAAAACAAUUGUUCAUAUCAGUUUCUACUAAAAAGUUUUCUACUCGAAAAAAAUUGUUUAAAUUACUUUCUACUCAAAACAAUUGUUCAUAUCAGUUUCUACUAAAAAGUUUUCUACUCGAAAAAAAUUGUUUAAAUUACUUUCUACUCAAAACAAUUGUUCAUAUCAGUUUCUACUAAAAAGUUUUCUACUCGAAAAAAAUUGUUUAAAUUACUUUCUACUCAAAACAAUUGUUCAUAUCAGUUUCUACUAAAAAGUUUUCUACUCGAAAAAAAUUGUUUAAAUUACUUUCUACUCAAAACAAUUGUUCAUAUCAGUUUCUACUAAAAAGUUUUCUACUCGAAAAAAAUUGUUUAAAUUACUUUCUACUCAAAACAAUUGUUCAUAUCAGUUUCUAAUAAAAAGUUUUCUACUC